AUGCAGCCUGCUUUGCAGGCCAACGGCCUCAGCAGCAAGACAGAGGAGCGUCCAGGGCUUCUGAAUGUCUCCGCAAAUGAAGCGAUGGCUUUGUUCAAGGAUCGCGUGCAAGGCACUGGCGCCGUUCCUGGACUACAUCUCAAUACCGUUCGUUAUCGCUACAGCCUCCCUGACGAGCAAAAGAUCAGAUUCCGUGUUCGAACGUUGCAAAAGCUGCGCCGCACUUGGAAGAACGAUGAGACAGAGGCCAAGUUCCUCAAUCUGGUGCGGCAUAUCGAAUCGGAUGGUUGUGCCUUGUUCGGAGGCCUCGUCGAUACCUCUGUAUUCGAAAGACUAGUUUUGAAGUACGAUGAGGUCCUCGAAGAGGCCGGCAACAAAACUUUCAUGCACUCUUACGUCAAUUUCGCGCACCACCCAGCCUUUCUGAAGGACGAAGAAUACACAGAUGCGUUCGGCCACCCUCUCCUAAUCUGUCUCAUCGCGUAUCUCAUGGGUGGCCCAGUCCGGGUGAUCGAUCUGCGAGGGAAAGACACCAAUCCUAUCAACAUCAACGCACAAGAUGAUAUGCUCCACGUUGACAACACGCCUUUCAAGGAAGAGUACAAAAUACUGCUCACUUGGCGGCGCGGCAAAGCUCAAGGCGCUUCUGGUCAAAAUUUCACGUUCCUCCCUGGCACACAUAAGGGGAACCGGGAUAUCCUCGUCGACAACUGUGGAGAUCCUUGGUCCACGGAGAGGGAUAGUUUGUUUGUCAGCCAUGAAGCUCUUGAUGGUCUUUUUCAAUUUCAAGAGACAAUCGGGGUGCCCCGUCGCGUUAUCGAGGUCAAUUACCCGGAGAAACCACUGGCUGCGGUGUUCCCCGCUGGUUCUUUGGUUCAUCAUCGCUACAGGAACAUGAGCGGAAGCCCUCGAAGUUGCAUUAUCGCAGCCUUUCACCUUGCUGUUCGCAAUCCAGGCGAGCUCAUCCACGCUAAGUUUCCGUCAGGCUCGAAACGAUCCCUCCUAGAAUUCCUUGUUGGCUUCCAAGACGGCGAUUCGGAUGACGAGUUUACGGAUAUUAUCUGCGAUAAUGCCAAGCGCAUCGAAGAGAUGAUCUGGGAACUUUCGUCACCCUCUGCUGAGAGCAUUCUGGUGGAUCUCCAGGGUCUUGCCAUCCUGGAUUUCGAUGACACUGUGGCACUUACCGAAUUCCUUUCCACCUCCAUGUUCUACGACAAGCAUGGACUUUUACAUCUCAUUCUUUACGAAGAUGGGCAUGAGGAGAUUCGAAAACCGGCCCGAAAGAGAAUUGGGGAAAUGCAGAAGGACACCAUGGCUCUGCGACUUGCGCAUGGAUGCCCCACAUCACUCGACUUGCUUCAGCCCGAGACAAUGAGAGUCGUCGCUGAUGCGAUAGUCGAGAUGGCCAAACGCCCGGAGCUUUACCCUAAAGUGCCACAUCAUAAUGUCACGUUCGAGUUGGCGUCCUUGAGAUACCUCUUGAAAGACCUUGGGGAGGCAAUCUUUCGGUGUGAAGGGACCGAGACUUUUCUUUGCACGUCGCUGUUCUUGUUCUGGGCUGGUGAAGAAAUUGUACCAUACCUGAAGGAGUCGGACCAAGCUGUCGUGAGACCCCUUCUUGGGAUGUUCCUGAGAAACUAUGCGGCUUUUCUUCUCCUUAUCGAGGGUUUGAAUUGA